CCAGCGAGAUGGGAGCAGGAGAACCUUCGUCGUCUCUCGCCCACUUCGUCGCUCGCUCGCUCAUUAAUGGCGGCCACUGCAUCGUUGGCGCCGUCCAUCUCCAUUAAUGCCUCCAUCCACCUCGCCCAUCCCUACACUCUACUACUCCUCCACUUAACAAGAUGAGCUGAGCGCCAGCUUCUCGGCACGGGCCGUUGCAUCCUCUCCAUUCCAUCCACCACCCACCCACCCAUCCAACCUCCGCCCCCGGUAUCCUUGAGCUGGAGGAGGUGGUGGUGGUGGAUCACCUGUUCUUGGGAUUCUGCUGCUGCGAGUGCGUGCAUUGUGGUGGGGGGUGUUUGGUUCUUGGUUGGUGAGCGGUGUUUGAAGCGGUUUCGCGCGUGGUCGUUGGGUGAUGCGAGAGCUGGGAAGCUGUGAAAGCCUCGCGCUUAAGGUGCUCGAUCAAUUGCCGCUGAGAGCGCACGCCUCUGAUUUCGCUGCUGAAUUACGGCUGUUGGCGAGAGGAGACAGAUGGUCGGGAGCGUGCACGUGAAUGGAUCGGUGAACGGCGGCAAUGGCACCGAGGAGAGGCUCGACGAGCUGCGCCGCCUGCUCGGCAAGUCCGACGGCGACUUGCUGAAGAUCGUCGGCAUUGGCGCCGGCGCGUGGGGCAGCGUCUUCGCCGCCCUGCUGCAGGACGCCUACGGCCGUUUCCGGGAGAAGGUUCAGAUACGGAUAUGGCGCCGGGCGGGGCGGUCGGUGGACCGGACCACCGCGGAGCAUCUGUUCGAGGUGAUCAACUCGAGGGAGGACGUGCUGAGGCGGCUCAUCCGCCGCUGCGCCUACCUCAAGUACGUCGAGGCGCGCCUCGGCGACAGGACAUUGUACGCCGAUGAGAUACUGAGGGACGGCUUCUGCCUGAACAUGAUCGACACGCCACUCUGCCCUCUCAAGGUGGUCACCAACCUGCAGGAAGCUGUCUGGGAUGCUGACAUUGUGGUGAACGGCCUUCCAUCCACCGAGACGAGGGAGGUGUUCGAGGAGAUCAGCAAGUACUGGAAGGAGCGGAUCAGCGUUCCGGUGAUAAUCUCGCUCGCAAAGGGGAUAGAAGCAUCCUUGGACCCAAUUCCUCGUAUCAUUACGCCCACGCAGAUGAUUAGUUCUGCAACUGGAGUUCCAACUGAGAAUAUACUAUAUCUUGGAGGCCCAAACAUUGCCUCAGAGAUUUAUAACAAAGAAUAUGCAAAUGCUCGAAUCUGUGGGUCCAACAAGUGGAGGAAACCUCUCGCUAAGUUUCUGAGACAACCACAUUUCAUUGUCUGGGAUAACAGUGAUCUUGUUACACAUGAGGUGAUGGGUGGUUUGAAGAAUGUCUACGCCAUCGGUGCUGGAAUGGUUGCAGCUUUAACUAAUGAGAGUGCAACAAGCAAGUCGGUGUAUUUUGCUCAUUGCACGUCAGAGAUGAUAUUCAUUACUCAUUUGCUCACAGAACAACCUGAGAAACUUGCUGGCCCUCUGCUGGCUGAUACUUAUGUUACUCUCCUGAAAGGUCGCAAUGCGUGGUAUGGGCAAAUGCUAGCGAAGGGAGAACUGAGCCCUGACAUGGGCGACAGCAUCAAGGGGAAGGGGAUGAUUCAGGGUAUCUCUGCUGUUGGUGCAUUUUUUGAGCUUCUCAGUCAACCCAGCUUAAGUGUGCAACACCCAGAGGAAAAUAAGCAAGUUGCACCUGCUGAACUGUGCCCGAUCUUGAAGAGGCUCUAUAGAAUACUAAUAAAAAGGGAGCUCUCGACAAGAGAUAUUCUGCAAGCCCUGAGAGAUGAAACCAUGAAUGAUCCUCGUGAAAGGAUUGAGAUGGCGCAAAGCCAUGCAUUCUACCGCCCAUCUCUCCUAGGAAAACCAUGACCUGUUCGUCCUGUAUAUGAUUAGAACAUAAACAAGGUUGGAUGAGACCUCUAGUUUGACAUGCUUAGCAUCAUUCGUUAUUAAGCCUGAAGAAGGUGAUUGUCGCUGGCCUAUGUGUGAACUGUGAAUCCCAAUGGGGCUUAUUUUUCUGGAAUUGUUAGUACUUUGAUUAUCAUGCCGUACAACAGUACAAGAGAGAGUGCACAGAGUCAAUAAAGAAUUUCCUACACACGCCAUGUGUGAGUUUCAUGGGGGCUUAUUUUC